AUGGCAAGUGAUGAGUGGGUAGAUUGGCCGGAGUGGCUCAUGGAGGCUGCUGAUGCAAGAAUGAGAGCUGUCAAAGGUGCCCCUGCUGUGAAGGGAGGAGGCAAGGGAGGAAAAGCACCUGCUGAGACAGGAAAGGAAAAGGUGGAAGGGUACGAGGAGGGACAGGAGAAAGGAAAAGAGAAGGGGCAGGAGAAGGGACAGGAGAAAGGACAAGGGAAGGAAGAGGCUGCAGCACCUGCUGCAGCACCUAAAAGGGGUGGAGCUAGGAGAACCCCAGUGCCAGAGAUAGAUGAUGAGCACUUGCUAGAUACUUGCUUGAGCCAUGUGAGGAAGCUGGGUGAAACAGGUGCAUUCGCCUUGGGGAAGUACUUGAAGACAGAGGUAACACAUGCAGUGAGAGGAGCUGCCCUGGCAGAUCUUCUGUACCUCUUGGAAGAGUUUCACAAGGUGAGCCCCGCCCUGAAGUCCUGCUUCACCCAGGUGCUGAGCCCCAGUUUGGAAUUCAAAUACUCCACCCUGAAGUCCUGCUUCACCCAGGUUCUGCAGCAGUUUCCUGGUAUCGAAGAGAAGUGGCCAGUGUCAGAGCAAGGGGAUGUAGCCAAAGCUUUGUCAGAUGCUAUCCUGGUUGUGUGCAACCAUGCCAGAAGGAUCAGCAGAGACAAGGGCAAGUUUGAAGAGGCAUGCAAGAAUCUGACUUCUUUCCAGGUGGAGAAGCUGGAGGCCAUUAGAAACUUGGCGGACCAAAAGAAGGAAGAGACAAAGGAUGAGCAGAAGCCAGGUGCCAAGUCUCCUGCUACACCAAAGAAGAGGAAACCACAUAACAAGGCAGCUAGCCCUGCUACACCCUUUUUGGUGGUAGCCCCUUGGGAGGCCACUGUGUCACGGCAGGGCUGUGCAGUGCUAUGGCUCAGCAAGAAGGCUAAGCUCAGAGAAGAGGUUGGAAAAAAGAAAGAGCUUAAGAGACCUGCUGCAGCCUUGCUGAAGAAGCCAGCCUCCAAGAACCAGGGCAACAAGAAGCAUGAGAAGUUUGAGGAUAGCUACAAGCUGAAUUCCAUGGACAAGCUCCUGCUGAUGCCCUACAAGAUGUUGGCUUCAUGUGCUCUGAGGAUCAAGAAUGGGAGGCAAGUGAUCCAGGUGGUGUCCCCACAAGGGCUUGAAGAGUCCCAGAAUCUGGCAGGACAAAUGAAAAAGAUGCUGGAAAGUGGCAAAAGCCUAGGAGUGCCUACCAAUGCAUGGCGAGACAUGAUGAGGGUGCAGCAGGAGCUUUGGGCCCCUCAAAUGGCACCAUGCACCUCUCCCCCUGCUCAGACCUAUGGCGAGUGGUUGGAGCAGCUGAGCUGGGAGGCCUCCUUGCAGUCUGGUGCGAGGAAAGGCACUCAAGAGUCAGGUGAUGAGUGGGUAGAUUGGCUGGAGUGGCUCAUGGAGGCUGCUGAUGCAAGAAUGAGAGCUGUCAAAGGUGCCCCUGCUGUGAAGGGAGGAGGCAAGGGAGGAAAAGCACCUGCUGAGACAGGAAAGGAAAAGGUGGAAGGGUACGAGGAGGGACAGGAGAAAGGAAAAGAGAAGGGCCAGGAGAAGGGACAGGAGAAAGGACAAGGGAAGGAAGAGGCUGCAGCACCUGCUGCAGCACCUGCUGCAGCACCUGCAGCUGCUGAUGCAAGAAUGAGAGCUGUCAAAGGUGCCCCUGCUGUGAAGGGAGGAGGCAAGGGAGGAAAAGCACCUGCUGAGACAGGAAAGGAAAAGGUGGAAGGGUACGAGGAGGGACAGGAGAAAGGAAAAGAGAAGGGGCAGGAGAAGGGACAGGAGAAAGGCAUUUUCAGCAUGUACAAGAAAAGGGGUGGAGCUAGGAAGCUGGGUGAAACAGGUGCAUUCGCCUUGGGGAAGUACUUGAAGACAGAGGUAACACAUGCAGUGAGAGGAGCUGCCCUGGCAGAUCUUCUGUACCUCUUGGAAGAGUUUCACAAGGUGAGCCCCGCCCUGAAGUCCUGCUUCACCCAGGUGCAGAGCCCCAGUUUGGAAUUCAAAUACUCCACCCUGAAGUCCUGCUUCACCCAGGUGCUGCAGCAGUUUCCUGGGAUCGAAGAGAAGUGGCCAGUGUCAGAGCAUGGGGAUGUAGCCAAAGCUUUGUCAGAUGCUAUCCUGGUUGUGUGCAACCAUGCCAGAAGGAUCAGCAGAGACAAGGGCAAGUUUGAAGAGGCAUGCAAGAAUCUGACUUCUUUCCAGGUGGAGAAGCUGGAGGCCAUUAGAAACUUGGCGGACCAAAAGACGGAAGAGACAAAGGAUGAGCAGAAGCCAGGUGCCAAGUCUCCUGCUACACCAAAGAAGAGGAAGGCUAAGCUCAGAGAAGAGGUUGGAAAAAAGAAAGAGCUUAAGAGACCUGCUGCAGCCUUGCUGAAGAAGCCAGCCUCCAAGAACCAGGGCAACAAGAAGCACGAGAAGUUUGAGGAUAGCUACAAGCUGAAUUCCAUGGACAAGCUCCUGCUGAUGCCCUACAAGAUGUUGGCUUCAUGUGCCCUGAGGAUCAAGAAUGGGAGGCAAGUGACCCAGGUGGUGUCCCCACAAGGGCUUGAAGAGUCCCAGAAUCUGGCAGGACAAAUGAAAAAGAUGCUGGAAAGUGGCAAAAGCCUAGGUGAAGUCAGAGCUUGGAAAGAGAUGAAGAUAGCUGGCUGA